GGCAAUGGUAUGGGUAUAUGCUUAAAAUCAUCAAGGGAUGGGAGAAGGGAAUGUUGAAACAGGCAGUUGAAAAUGUAUGUUACAAGUCAGCUUAUGACAUAGUGUUUGAGAAGCUUGACUGAGAAAAUGCAUGGAGAAGUACAAUAGGACUGUCAAGAUGUGUAAUUAAUUUAAAGUGAGGUUAGAUGGCAAAGCUGAGGGUCCAUCUUCAGCAGUUGCCAAUUGCUCCAGUGCCUGUGCUGAGUCAGGUAUAGCUUGAUCUAUCCUGGGCUGUAUUUCCAAAGUAUAAGGAAAUGAUCUUAAAAUAAAUGUAAGGGGACUGUUUAUUGUGAUUUAAUAGGAGGACGUGGGACAUACAUAAAUAGUAUCAUUCUUAAAGUGAAAACCAUUGCAGUGAUCAUAAAAUCCAACCCAGACACCUCAUUAUACCUUAGAGAAGAGGCAAAGGGAUACAGGUAGGCAAAGGAAAUACCCAUGUAAAUUUACCUUUUCUACAGAUGAAUCAUCAAGAAAAACCACCACAAGACAAUCUAACUGAAAUCAUUGAAUUUGUUCUCUUGGGCUUUGCUGACAUGCCCCAUAUUCAGUGGCUUCUUUUUGGAUUGUUUUUAAUCAUUUAUAUCAUCAUCCUGAUGAGCAAUGGCACCAUAUUUCUGAUAACAAAAAUGGAUUCUGCUCUCCAGAGCCCUAUGUAUUUUUUCCUGGCAAACUUUUCCUUCUCGGAAAUCUGCUAUGUAUCAACUACUCUCCCUAGAAUGCUAAUUAAUAUUGGGACUCAGAGAAGAAGAAUUUCUUUAGUUGCCUGUGCUACACAGAUGAGCUUUUUCCUUCUGUUCGGAGGCAUAGAAUGUUUGCUUCUGGCAGUGAUGGCCUAUGACCACUAUGUGGCCAUUUGCAACCCUCUGCACUAUCCUCUAGUCAUGAACCACAGGGUCUGUAUCCAGUUGGUGACUGGCUCCUGGACCAUUGGAAUCCCUCUCACUAUCGGGCAUACAUAUCAGAUUUUCUCUCUUCCAUUUUGUGGAUCUAAAUUAAUCAACCACUUCUUCUGUGACAUUCCCCCAAUACUCAAGCUGGCUUGUGGGGAUACCUUUGUAAAUGAGAUGUUGGUGUACAUAGUUGCUGUGUUAUUUGUCAUGGUUCCAUUUCUGUUGAUACUGGGCUCCUACAGUAAAAUCAUCUCCGUCAUCCUGAAGUUGCCAUCAGCCACAAGUCAAGCCAAAGCCUUCUCCACCUGUUCAUCUCAUCUUAUGGUUGUGGUGUUAUUCUUUGGAUCUGGCAUUAUUGCCUACUUAAGGCCCAACACUAGACACUCAGAGGGAAUUGACAAAAUGCUUUCUCUUUUCUACACUACCCUGACUCCUAACCAUGAUAUAUAG